AUGACCGGCGAAGCUGGAAGGAAAAAGGCGGCGGAGCCGCCGUCUGCGGAGGAAGUGACGGCGCUCUUCCGCCACGUCGAGGAGCUCCUUCAGGAGGAAAACUUUGAGCAGGCGCUCAAGGUCUGCAACAAGCUUCCGCUCGACGACGACAGCGGCCGCUGCCGUCUGUUCUGCCUGCUGCAACUGGGUCGCUGGCCGGCGGCGACGGAUCUGGUGAAGACUCUGAAGCAGCUGAAGGCGGCGGAGGCGGACGAGGCGGCUGCCGCACGCGCGUACCUCUUCGAGGAGGCGUACUGUCUAUACAGACUGAACCGCGCGCAGAAAGCGCUGCAAUUGAUCGAGGAAAACGCGGAGGUCGUUCAGAGCCUGCCGCAGGAUGAGCGCCUCCGCAUCACGCACCUGAAGGCGCAGACGCUGCAUCGUCUGGGAGACUACGACGCCUGCCGCGCCAUCUACGAGGAGCUGCUUCAACACGACUGCGACAAUGAGAUGUUGUUGGUCAACUUCCUCUCCGCAGUCGUCUGCGCGGAGUCGCGGCUGGGCGGCGCCGGCGAGGCGCGCGGGAAAGCUUCCCUCGUCCCGCCGCAGCUGUGGCAGCGCGUGGAAGCCAAUCUAGACCGCACCUACGAGUUGCCUUUCAACGCCGCCUGCCUCGCGAUCCACGAGGGUCGCCUCGACGACGCGGAGGAUCUGCUGCAAAGAGCCAAAGCUCUGUGCGCGGAAGAAAGCGGAGUGUCGAACCCCGACGACGAAGAGGAGGCGUUCGCCUUUGGGGACUUGGUGGGCAUCCUCGUUCAGUCGGCUUAUCUUCGAGAGCGGCAGGGUCGCGCCGACGAGGCCCGCGAGCUCUACGCGCGUCUGCUGCAGCACCUGGGCGACGAGGGGCACCCAGGGCGGAAGGCGCCGCCGGGGGACGAAGAAGCGAAGGCCCCAGAGGAGGAGCUCGACCUAUCCGUCCUCGCUGUGGCGCACGCGAACGCCUUCCUGGAGGCUGAGAAGCAGCGCGCGCGCGCCGCGGCCGGCGAGGAGGCGAGCGCCGAAGGGCGCCUGUUGGCAACUGCGACGACGCUUGACGACAUCCUCAAACGCCUCUCGCGCGGAAGAGGCCCCCAGGCCCUCGAGCAAAAACUGACUCGAGCGCAGGCCCUGGCGCUGGCGACCCACCGCUGCGUCGCGUUCAUUCGCGUCGGUCGGCUCGAAGAAGCGCGCAGACUCCUGGCCGUGUCGGGCACGAAGUUCGGCGCGAAGCAUCCCAAGCUCCUCCUUGUCCGCGCUGCCCUCCAGCUGGCGGGGGGGCGCCCCGCGAAGGCCGAGGAGCAGCUGCGCCAGGUGCUGUCUGCGCCUUCGCUGUCGGCGGCGGAGGCGGUGCGGGCGCAUCUCGCGCUAGCGGCGCUGCGCAUCGACCAAGGCGAUGCGGCAGGCGCGGCGCGGCUGCUGGUGCAGGCCCGCGCGCGGCUCGCGGACUUUGACAGCGAGGCUCCCCCUGGCGACGCGGAGCAGGCAGACCUGCGGCUCACGCUGCUAAGAGGAAUCGUUGCCCUUCAGCAGCGCGCCGGCGACGCAGAGGGCGCGAUGCAGUCGCUCGACGCGCAGCUCCAACUCUGGCGAGACGGCAGCCAGAGUGGCGGCGAUUCGCGCUACGUGGUUUCUGUUCUCCUGACUGCGGCGGCCUCGUGUGCGGCGCUGGGGCACUGGGAAGCAGCGGCGGCGAAGUGCGAGGAAGCGUCUCAGCAAGCCUUGCCAGACUCGCCUGAGUAUCUGCACGCGCUGGUGGGCGCAGUCGACGCGGCCUCGCACGCCGGGGGGGCACUGUCGGGCGCGGAGGCUCCGAAGGACGCGGCGAAGCGCCUGGCGGAGCUGAAGCAGCGCCUGCCCGCCAAAGUCCUGCUGCUCGACAGCGAUGAAGUCGAGAAGCAAGAUCCCGCCUCCGCGCACCUCGGCGGCGGCCCGCAGGGCGCGCGCCGCAAGGCCCGCGCCGCCGGCGAGGAACCCAGCGGGCCCGGCGGCGGAGACAGUGGAGACGCGGUCGCGAAGGCCGAGAAGAAGAAGAAGCGCAAGCCGAGGUGGCCAAAGGGCUUCGACCCCAACGAGCCUCACCUGCCGCCCGACCCCGAGCGCUGGCUGCCCAAGUGUGAGAGAACGGGAUACAAGAAGAUGCUACGACGACGCAAGGAGGCUGGCCGCGGCGGAGCCCAAGGCGCUGUCGCUCCGGGAACUGCCGAAGCGACGACAGGCUUCCGCAACACCGGACCGAGCACGGCCAAGACUGAGGCGGCUCGGGACACAGGACGCAACGUCGGGUAA